AUGGCGCCAAAAGCCCCUAUCUCGUACUCUGACUCGUUUACCCACGACGUCCCAUAUCGCACCACGGAGAAAGCUCACAAUAACGGAACCCUGACACACCACGUCACCGACCCUCAGGACGAGCUCAAAGACUGGGACGCCGCUGUCCCUAUCCCUCGAGUCCGGACGGGUGCCACCCUCCUGAACCAACCAGUUGUCAAAACACUAGUCUUCCGAAAGAAAGUGUUCAACUCAGACAUUUCCAUCUGGCACUGCACUGAAAGUUCAGAAACGCUAGUCUACUUCGCCGCUUGUUCGGAGUGGAAAAGAAAUGUCCCAGAUAUCACCCUCCAUUCUGCCAUUGCUGGGCAGGAUAGUCCCGGACCCAUCCUUGGUGUCGCCCAUUUUCGGUACGCUCGAAACGUCAAAUUUGGCAUUGGUGAUGCACAGAAGGAUCCUAAUAGCGUCCAAUGGGAAGAGAUGCGCAAUGUCUCGAAGAUGCUCACAAAAAGCAAAUAUGAGUGGGAUUUCACCGAGUACCCCGAAUGGAGCGACAUUGACGCCGGCACGCAUCCGCCGGGCACUAGACGCUUCAGGUGGCAGCGAACCAUCAGCAACGAAGAUGGUGUCGAGAACAAACUGUCCCUCAGGAACUACCGGCUGACAGAUGAGGAAAGUGGAAGCGUUGUCGCUGUCUUCGUGGCCAGCACCUUUCGCAAUCUGAGAAAGAGAGGAGAACUGCGGCUGUUCGAAAAGCUGAGGCCCAAGGUCGAGGUGGCGGUGGUCCUGACGUGUACCAGCAUAGCAGAGAAAUUGAACAGGGAUUAG